AUGUCUUCACUGGAAGAGAGAGAUGUAGGCGUUGCGGCCGCCCCUGGCUCCUCCUCGGCCGGCCUAGGGGUCGGGGCCGUGGGGGUAGCUGUGGAGGCUGUCGCCGGGGUCGCAGCCAUGCAAGAGGAGGUCGCGAUACGGCGAGAAGGGCCCGAGCCUGACCCAGACGAGCCACCCAAGAAGAGGGUGAAAGUACCCGAGGGAGAGGCAGGGAAGCUGGAGGAGAGACUGUACUCAGUGCUGUGCUGCACCGUGUGCCUAGACUUGCCCAAGGCGUCUGUAUACCAGUGUACCAAUGGGCACCUGAUGUGCGCUGGCUGUUUUAUCCACCUCCUGGCUGAUUCUCGUCUGAAGGAGGAACAGGCCACAUGCCCAAACUGCAGGUGUGAGAUCAGCAAGAACCUGUGCUGCAGGAACCUCGCGGUGGAGAAGGCUGUCAGUGAGCUGCCGACAGAAUGCACCUUCUGCCUAAAACAGUUCCCCCGUUCCAGCUUAGAGCGACACCAGAAAGAGGAGUGUCAAGACAGGGUGACACAGUGCAAGUACAAGAGGAUCGGCUGCCCGUGGCAAGGUCCUUUUCAUGAGCUACCAGCACACGAGAGUGAGUGCUCUCACCCCACUAAGACUGGAACAGAACUCAUGGGAAUACUGGGAGAGAUGGACCAGAACCACCGCAGAGACAUGCAGCUCUACAACAGCAUCUUCAGCCUGCUCUGUUAUGAGAAGAUUGGGUUUACAGAGGUGCAGUUCAGGCCGUACCGCACCGAUGACUUCAUCACUCGUCUGUACUAUGAAACACCACGCUUCACUGUCCUCAACCAGACGUGGGUGCUGAAGGCCCGUGUCAACGACUCCGAGCGCAAUCCCAACCUCUCCUGCAAGCGCACCCUCUCCUUCCAGCUCAUCCUCAAGAGCAAGGUGAACUCGGUCCUGGAGUGCUCCUUCCUGCUGCUGAAGGGCCCUUACGACGACGUGUGGAUCAACCCGGUCAUCCACCACCACUCCUUCAGCAACGACGCCAACGAGACAGACUACGUCCCGCUGCCCAUCUCCGACUCGGUGGAGUGCAACAAACUGUUGGCCGCCAAAAACAUCAACCUGCGCCUGUUCAUCUUCCAAGUCCAAAAAUAAAAGAGAGUGAGAGACGGAGGAGGAAGAUGGAGCAGGGGGUCGGGGCGAGAGGGAGGGGUGUCAGGGAGAGGAUGUGAUGAUUGAAGAGAGACACCACAGAACCAUUGAUACCUCUUAACACAAAAACAAGUACACGAACACACACCUUCACACAGGGUACAAGCUUCUACACACACAAACACACACACCACAAAUUACACAUACCUCCUUUUACACGAUAGUGAGACCCCUUGCUUGGAAAAGCUGUGAGUUGCUAUAGAGAUGGGUGGGCAUUGAUAUGAGAUGGUGACUGGCGGGGGGGUGGAACCUGCAAAGGCACAGGUGGGGAUGUCAGUAGCAGUGGAGGGGGGAGGGACUCCCAAAUGGAUGAUGUGUACCUGUGGUUUGUGAAUGACCUUUUAACUCCUGACGCCCACAGCCAAAGGUAGCACACACGCCAACCAAAGCAGGGAUUUUCCAGAUGUUGUGUGCGUCCAUGUGCGCGUGUGCGAGAGGGAAACAGAGUUGCGUGGCGGGCCCCGGAUCGCAGCCCGAACUCUGCUCACCUGUUCGGAUGUUCCAAAGACGCGUGAUAAUGUGAAAACAGAGCGAUCGACUCUGCUGAGCUGUUCUUUGGAGAUGUGAGAGGAGGUGGAGGACAUGAACGAGUGUGUGUGUGUGUGUGUGUGAGUUUAUCUGUGUAGUCUGAGUAGUUCUCCUCCCCCUACACACUGUACGCCAGAGAUUCCCCCCGUUAUGGCAAAAACAAGCAUUUUUGCGACUUUGCCAGGACAGCCGAAACUCAUUAUCCCACCUCGACCUGCCCCCGUGUCUGCGUUUCAUCAAGAGGAGAGACGGCUUGGCUAUGUGCAUGUUUUAGUUCUUCGACUUAUUCCUCCAGCUGGGGUUUUAUUUAACCUUCAACACUAAUACCAUUUUUAUUUUCUCUUAACCCUGAAUAUUUAAGUACCUGUGAACUUUUUUCUCUUUUUAGUUGGGUUUAAGCGUGUGAACGGCUGCCUGUAUAUGUGCAUAUGUGAGUGAGUGAAAACAGAUCCAAACUGUGAGAUCCUUGUGAACGUGUCUCCAGGUGAGCAGUAUGAGCUUUGAGCACAUUACUAGCAAGGAUGGACUACCACAAGAGAUUCAGAGCACCCCCCCCCCCCCCCCCCCCCCCAAAAAAAAAAAAAAAUAGCCCUCAGGUUCAGUGUGUCAGUUGGUUUUUGGUAAAUUAACCGCUUUAAUUCUUGCAUCUCUAAAAUAAAAUCUUAACUAGGUGGUCUACUAUCACAGAAUCAAUGUAGUUCUGACACUUUAAUUAUUUAGCAAUGUGCAUUUGUCAUUUCUGGAAAUUUUUUUGUUAAGUUAAUUCAUUGUGUUUGUUAUUUUUUUUGUGUGUGUGUGUGUUAUAAAUCAGGUGAGCCCUUGCAUUUUAACUAGAUCACACUGGUUUCAUUAAAUUUCCACAAACUAAUUGACACACAGGGAACUUCUGGGGCUGGUGUACAAGUGUGUGCUGGGAUUCAGGAGCAUAACUGAGUUCCUGUCCCAUCCUUUCCCCACGGAUGUGUGGAGCAAGUCUAGUUAGGCUCAGAGAGUCUCAGGGUGAUCAGGACUUUAUUCAUCUGCUCAGAGAUCAGAAGCCAUCUCAGUAAAGGCUUUUUCUGAAGGUCAGACUUCAGGUGGUGAUGGAUGGUCUGUGUGUGGGUGUGUGCGUGUAUGUGUGGCGGGGGUAUGGGGUGGGGUGGUAUUUUACCUAACAAAGGUGACAUAUUAGUGUUAGACUUACUUGAAGGAAAAUGAAGCGAUGUUACUUAAGUAGAUUCUACUGUAAAGCAGAUAGAUCUCUCUCCUCCUGACCUCUACUUCUUGUAUUUCUGUGUUUUAAUGCUUUGUCUCUAUGCCAGUGGACUCACUCAUCUCACUAUGGCUGUACAUGUGCCUUUUAUUAAAGAUCAUGGAACCUGC